CAAAAUGAAAGCUAUUUCAUCAAAACGAUUCAUUUUAUCGAUUUUGGCCACUUCGAGCUUGUUCACAUCGAACGUCUUUUGUGCAGAUGAAUUAAUGAAGUCCAAUCUUCACAGCAAAGAAAAUUAUGACAAAUAUUCUGAGCCUCGAGGAGACCUCACAGGGGAAAAGAAAAGAAGUCUCAAUUUUGAAGAAUUAAAAGAUUGGGAUCCAAAAAAUGUCAUUAAGAUAAGUCCACCUGCAGUCAACAAAAUGCCACACCUGGGAGCCAACCUGCCCUUGAGGUUUGGGAGGACCGUGGAAGAAGAAAGAAGCACUGACCCAAUGGCCAACCUGCCCCUGCGAUUUGGAAGAAAUACAGAGGACAGCCUCGCGAGACAUGUCCCCAAUCUGCCCCAAAGGUUUGGGAGAAGAGCAAUGGCCAUGAGUAUCACCGAGGCACUGAAGGAUUUGCUCCAACAAUCCAUGCAGCCCCCACCUGCCAAUGAGUUACUUUACUCCAUGGCCUGCCAGCCCCAAGAAAUCCAGAAUCCUCAAGAAAAACACCCAAGGAGACUGGGAUUCAAGAAAAUAGAGGACGCAGAAUUGCAACAAGAAAAAUAAGAAAUCCAGAGCUGGUCUCUAAAGGCGAUAUAAUGCUGUGACCCGUGAUCUGCACACUCUACAGUGAUGACAACAAUGAAUGAAGCGUCACCGCGCUCUUUUAGUGGGUUAUCAUUGGCAGCAACUUUUUCUUGCCUGC